AUGAUGAGGCACGACCAGUCGACCCAUUUGAGGGCAACACUGCAAAUUUUGGGACGUGUACGUGAUCUAAAGAACAAAAAGCAACAAAGUGUUCUUAACGGCAACGACCUCGACAUUGCUUCCAUCGUUGCCGUCGCCCGUCACGAAGUCGAGCCCACCAUCAGUACAGACGAGGCUCUUACCAAACAAAUCGAGAUAUCCGUUGACACUCUGGCCGAUGUGAUCUCCCAAAAAUGUGUCAUAUAUGGCGUCAACACCGGUUUCGGUGGUAGUGCCGACACAAGAACAAACGAACUCAUCGACCUGCAGACCCAUCUGCUCCAAUUUAUCCAAAGUGGAAUCAUCACUGCCGCCGACAAGAACCCGGCAAGCAACUCGGAACGGAGAGCACCCCACGUCAUGCCUGUCUCCUGGGUUCGGGCCGCCAUCGUGGCUCGAGCAAAUCAGAAUCUUAGGGGUCAUAGUGCGAUACGCAAGUCCGUGCUUAAAAGCUUAAUUGACCUACUGCAGAACGACAUUACCCCCCUAAUUCCACUUAGGGGGAGCAUCUCCGCGUCUGGAGAUCUUAUGCCCAUGGCGUAUAUUGUCGGAGCGAUCAUGGGCAACCCAGAUGUAUUUGUCCAGAUGGGAAAGGGCACACAAGCCAGAGUCAUGCCUUCCUCGGAAUCGUUGAAGAUAACGGGGCUCUCCUCAUCGGCACUCGGCCCAAAGGAAGGAUUAGGGUUGAUUAACGGCACUGCUCCCUCUGUGGCAGUGGCAAGCCUUGCACUAUAUGAUACGCAGCUGCUUGCGUUAUUGUCCCAAAUGUUGACGGCUUUCGCUUCCGAGUGUUUGGCCGGAAAUGUAGAGUGGUCUCACCCUUUCAUUCACUCUACUCAACCUCACACUGGCCAAAUCGAGGUAGCAAGCAACAUCCGGAGCUUUUUGAAAGGCUCAAAGUUUGUUGUUGGCUUAGAAUCGCAGAAGACAUCCGGCGACGGACUCUGCCAAGAUCGAUACUCGACAAGAACAGCUCCUCAAUGGGUCGGUCCUUAUCUUGAGGACCUUCUCCUGGCGCAGCGUCAGCUCGAAGUGGAGCUCAACUCCACAUCAGACAACCCUCUGGUAGACACUAGCAAGCAAGAUGAUGGUUCUAGUGGGAGAGUAUACUCUGGAGGAAAUUUCCAAGCAGCUGUCGUCACAUCGGCCAUGGAUAAGGCUCGCUUGGCUAUUCAGAUGAUAGGACGAAUGCUUUGGUCUCAGGUUACUGAAAUCAUCAAUUCUGCUACAAACAAUGGACUGGAGGCCAACCUCAAUCCCACUGCACAAGAGAACUUCACUAUGAAGGGAAUUGACAUCAACAUGUCAGCUUACAUGUCUGAGUUGGCAGCCCUGGCACACCCAGUCUCUGCCCACGUCAUGUCCGCCGAAAUGCAUAAUCAGGGCAUCAAUUCCCUGGCUCUAAUUUCCGCCCGACGCACCAUGGAAGCUGUAGAUCUGUUGGCACACAUGAGUGCCUGUCAUUUGUAUGUCUCAUGUCAGGCUGUCGAGAUCCGCGCAAGCCACGUCAGGUUUCUUUCUGCGUUCCGUACCAAGAUGGAAGACUUCAGCGCCAAUGGAGCCUUGCAUGCACUCGGAUUGGAGGGUUCGCAGACUGAGGCACUAUGCGAAUUACUCCUUCCCAUCGUGGAGUCAAGCUGGUAUCGCGCAAACUCCAAUACUUGGAGAGACCGUGUCUUGUCUGUAGUUGAAGCAGUUACGUCGCCAGUCAACGAAUCCAUGGCCACUCACAACCCAGACUGUUCAGUGUCAACAAUCAACGCCUUUAAGGAGCAUUUCCAGAGAAUCGUGUACAGCACAGCCGAAGAAAUGUUUUAUCCCAGUUCAGUCAUUUCCUUCGAUGAGGUGGCCACUCAGCUUGGUGAAGGGACUGCACAGCUUUAUACUUGGGUACGAUCGAGACUCAACAUACCCAUGAACUGUGGCCUCCAAGACGAUCCUCUGUAUAACUUACAGAAGGGUCUUCCGACAGAUGGAAAAAAGAGUGUCGGAAGCUCAGUGAGCAUGAUAUAUGAGAGCUUGCUUGAGGGUGAAAUGAUGGAUAAGAUUCUAGAGGGUUGGAUGCAAGAUGCGGCUUAG